GUGGCGGACCCAGGUCGAAGAUGGCGGCGGUAGCUGGAUCUCGGGUUUCUGGGCUGCUGGGUCGUUCCCGCCUGCAGCUGAGUCGGUGUAUGUCCAGUGGCGCCCAUGGCGAGGAGGGCUCAGCUCGCAUGUGGAAGGCCCUCACCUACUUCGUGGCGCUCCCCGGGGUGGGAGUGAGCAUGCUGAAUGUCUUCCUGAAGUCGCACCACGGAGAGGAGGAGAGACCCGAGUUCGUGGCCUACCCCCAUCUCCGCAUCAGGUCCAAGCCCUUUCCCUGGGGAGAUGGUAACCAUACCCUAUUCCAUAACCCUCAUGUGAAUCCGCUUCCAACCGGCUAUGAAGACGAAUAAAGAGAACCUGGACCACUACCCAGUGGGGACCACAGCACUGGUUUGGACCAUUACUCUGCACGCAUGGACCAGAAAAGUAUAUGGGACCUUAAGCUCACCACUUUGUAUCCAGUGAUGACCAUUACACUUGAGGACCAUUACACUGAUCUUCCAUCCCUUUGCUUAUAGCAGGAGGAGAUGGCUUAAAUAAACAAUUAGUCAUGACCUGAGAGUUGCAUUCUUUGGU